AUUCUAGCAAUACAAAACAGUAAAUUUCCCAAUUUAGUAAAGCUUUUUGAGUAUGGUUUUGAUAGAAGGUUUUGGAAUGAGAUAAUCUCGAUUGAACUGAUCUGAUUCCUUUUCUGGAGAUUUUAUUCUUAGCUUGUGUAGAAAUAAUUUGCUGAAUCUGCAUGAGAAAAGUGGUGGUGGAGAGAUAGUAGAGAGAGAGAGAGAGAGUAUUUUGUUUCUGGUAGCGAAACAUGUCUGCCGUAGUGUGCGGAAAGAGAUCGAACAUCUUUGAGGAAUCUCCGUCGUCGCCGCCUGUUACUAAAAGGAUCCGCUGCUCAUCGUCGUCGUCGCCCGGCCGUACUUUUUCUCCGCCGAGGGCUGCUGCUUAUACCUCCUCCACUUCUGCGAUCGAUCAUCUUGUCGCCCUCUUUCCUGAUAUGGACAAACAGUUUCUGGAAAAUGCCCUGGAAGAGUGUGGUGAUGAUUUGGAUCUAGCUAUCAAGAGAUUAAAUGAUCUUCAACUGAGUGUUGUCGCAAGUUCAUCAGAUCUUACCCAGGAUAUUGACAAUCAGUUUUUGGCUAAAGGAGAGGAACCACCUGGUGUAAACAAUCUUCCUGUAGAUGGAGCGGAGUGGGUGGAGCUUUUGGUUAGAGAAGUCUUGACUGCAGCCAGUGUAGAGGAUGCUAAAGCACGUUUGUCCCAAGCACUUGAGGCAUUAGAGAAGUCAAUUUGUGCGAAUGCUAAUGCAGAGGCAGCUAAAAGCUUCCAGAAGGAGAACAUAGUGCUGAAGCAGCAACUAGAGGCACUCAUACAGGAAAAUACUAUUUUGAAGCGAGCAGUUUCUAUACAACAUGAACGACAGAAGGAAUUCGAGGAAACGGGCCAUGAGUUGCAUCAGCUGAAGCAGCUAGUGUCUCAAUACCAGGAGCAACUACGGACUCUCGAGGUAAACAACUAUGCUCUUACAAUGCAUCUCAAGCAGGCCCAACAAAGUGGUUCACUCCCUGGACGUUUUCACCCGGAUGUGUUUUAGUUAUUCAUCCCAGUGUGUAUUGCGUGUGCUAUAGUAGAAUCAAUAAUACAGGAUCUAGCCUAGAUUCCUGGAUCUAGCCUAGAUUCCUGGCCCUAGCUGGUAUGCGUAAUUUGUAUGAGUGAGACCACAUUAUAAUAUUAGCUGGUUUGUGAUGCCGAACGAAUUAACGAUUGCUGUUAUACAUUAUGGCUCCGUUUGGAUUUC